AUGUCCUGCCAGCAGAGCCAGCAACAGUGCCCACCUCCUCCUCCUAAGUGCAAGACGCCCAAGUGUCCCCCUGCUUCUUCCUGCUGUGGCUCCAGCUCAUCGGGCUGCUGCAGCUCUGGGGGUGGCAGCUGCUGCUCUAGCCACCACAAGCCCCGAUUCUCUCUCCGUCGCCGACGUCACAGCUCUGGAUGCUGUAGCAGUGGUGGCAGCAGCUGCUGUGGCAGUAGCUGUGGCAGCAGCGGUGGCAGCAGCUGCUGUGGCAGUAGCUGUGGCAGCAGCGGUGGCGGCAGCAGCUGUGGCAGCAGCGGUGGCGGCAGCAGCUGUGGCAGCAGCGGUGGAAAAAGCUGCUGUGGCAGCAGCAGUGGCGGCGGUGGCAGCAGCAGCAGUGGCAGCGGCGGCAGCAGCUGCUGUAGCAGUAGCUGUGGUAGUAGUGGUGGCAGCAGCAGCUGUGGCAGCAGUGGUGGCAGCAGCGGUGGCAGC